ACUGCGCAGGCGCUGCUCACACUUCCUUUUCCGAGUAGCCGCCGAGAUGGCCGAAGUGGAGCAGAAGAAGAAGCGGACCUUCCGCAAGUUCACCUACCGUGGCGUAGACCUCGACCAACUGCUCGACAUGUCCUAUGAGCAGCUGAUGCAGUUGUACAGCGCCCGCCAGAGGCGGCGCCUGAACCGUGGGCUUCGGCGGAAGCAGCACUCGCUGCUCAAGCGCCUGAGAAAGGCCAAGAAGGAGGCGCCACCCAUGGAGAAGCCCGAGGUGGUGAAGACGCACCUGAGGGACAUGAUCAUCCUGCCCGAGAUGGUAGGCAGCAUGGUGGGCGUGUACAACGGCAAGACCUUCAACCAGGUGGAGAUCAAACCUGAGAUGAUCGGCCACUACCUGGGCGAGUUCUCCAUCACCUACAAACCCGUGAAGCACGGCCGGCCUGGGAUCGGCGCCACUCACUCCUCCCGAUUCAUCCCUCUUAAGUAGCCGAGGCCAAUAAAGACUCAGUUUUUGGUCCCUGGA